CUAACUGAGCUACACAAAAAAAAAAAAAAUAUAAACAAAAACAACAUGUGACUUUGGAUCUUCUCGCUACUAGCGUCAUCACCGGCAGAAAAACGUACUGACUUGCUCCAUUCUGUGAGCUUCAGUGAAAUUCGAGAGAUUACCCUCCUUAUACACCUCCAUGAUAUAUGUAUGUAGUAUGUUUAACUGUGUAUAACCUUCCGCCAUUAUAUACGAAAAAAAAAAAAAAAAAACCCAGUUGACAACAUACGAAAUAUGGCAACCUCAUCAAGACAUGAUUCAGGAAAAGUGUGCUGCUACUUACAUCCAGAUGCUCCUCUUAUUGAGGAUUAUCGUGCUGGAGAUCAAAUUUGUUCAGAGUGUGGGCUUGUUGUUGGUGACAGAGUGAUUGAUGUUGGUUCCGAGUGGAGAACAUUUAGCAAUGAAAAAUCAGGUGUUGAUCCAUCUCGUGUUGGUGGUCCAGAAAAUCAUCUGUUAAAUGGUUCAGAUUUAUCAACAAUGAUUGGACCAGGUACUGGUGCUGCAUCAUUUGACGCAUUUGGUACAGCAAAAUAUCAAAAUCGUCGUUCAAUGAACAGUUCUGAUAGAGCUCUGACAAACUCUUAUCGUGAAAUAAUAACAAUGGCAGAUCGUAUUAAUCUUACAAAAGCCAUUGUUGAUAGAGCUAAUAAUUUAUUCAAGCAAGUACACGAUGGUAAAAAUUUGAAAGGACGUUCAAAUGAUGCAAUUGCAUCUGCAUGUUUGUAUAUAGCUUGUCGCCAAGAACAUGUACCACGUACAUUUAAAGAAAUUUGUGCUGUUAGUAAAAUAAGUAAAAAAGAAAUUGGUAGAUGUUUUAAAUUGAUAUUAAAAGCACUUGAAACAAGUGUUGAAUUGAUAACAACUGGUGAUUUUAUGUCAAGAUUCUGUUCAAGUCUUGGAUUGAAAAAUAUGGUCCAAAGAGCAGCAGCACACAUUGCAAAAAAAGCUGGUGAUAUUGAUAUUGUUCCUGGUAGAUCACCAAUAUCAGUUGCUGCUGCUGCAAUUUAUAUGGCAUCUCAGGCAUCAGAGGACAAACGAACACAAAAAGAAAUUGGUGAUAUUGCUGGUGUUGCUGAUGUGACAAUCAGACAAUCUUACAAACUCAUGUUUCCACAUGCUGUUAAACUUUUUCCAGAAGAUUUUAAAUUUGUUACACCUGUUGAGCAACUUCCACCUAUGUAAUUUCAUUUACAAAAGCUUAUCUAACAUUCCUUGUACCAACAAGUAGAGCUUGAGUGUCAAAGAAGUAAAACUUGACCAAUUAAAAUAUAUUGUUCUCAGACUGAGGAACAACUUUGUUUAUGUAUAAACAUUAAUAUUAAUGGUAUUUUUAGUUUGUUAACGCUUUAAUUCAACACCAUAAAUUUAAAACAAUCACAUUAAUUAUCGAUACAUAUUGAACAAGCAAUAAUAAUUAAUAAUUCGUUUUCAAGUGUUAAAUGGACCCAUGAUUAACGGUGUUUUCACUAUAAUUAAUUUUUGAUUUAUUUUUCUCACAAUUAAGUGACAAAAAAAAAAAAAGACGAAUCAGUUUGAAGCUGUUUGUAAAUAAUUGGAUUUCUACUCAAUUUUUUUUUAAUUAGGUUGAUUUUUUAAAUGAAAUAAUUUUCUAUGUUGAAAAUUUAUUUUAAUUUUUUUUGUCACGGCUUUUUUUAGAUAAUGAAGUUGUCAAAGUUGACAACUUUUAUACACGAGAAUAGGGCGAAACAAUUUUUUUUUCUUAAACAGCAUAUAGUAGAUUCGUUGUCUACUCGAAAACUUAUUUUUUUCUAUCAAAUUGUAGAUCAGAAAAAAACGAAUAUAAUUUGAAAAAAUAAAUUAUGUUUGCCACG